AUGGCCUCUGAAGCUUUGAAACGACGCGCGAAAAACAACAACAAGGUCCUUAAGAGUUUACUAACGAAGAUAGUAGCAAGCAACAUAGUCGCUUUCCUCUUUCGUUUUCUCUUCUACAAACAGGCCUUUUCAGUCAUAGGAAUAACCACUUUUCUACUUGAAGUAGCCAUGUAUGUUCUAAUUAGGAAGCUAUCUACUUAUAAGGUAAUCAAAAGAUCAGAUAAGCUAGAAGUAGUUUCAGAAGGAGCUGAUUUAAGUGUUCGUGGUGCCAUGCACUUUUUGAUUGAUAUCGUCUAUAUUUCGAUAACCGCCAAAUUACUAUCCAUUAUCAUACAUAGGAAAGCCUGGAUGAUCUUCCUAUUGAUUCCAGCAUCAGGAUACUACGAGAUCUUCAUGCGUCGUGACACUCGUCACCGACAUAAAUAG